UUCCAAUACAGCUUCGCGCCAUGGCCAUUGGAUUGGCAGAUGUGGGAUGGUUUCCGGGUCUUCAAGAUCCGACCGGUGAGUCCACAUGGCCUCCAGCUGUCGUCUUGAUGGCGCAUCUUUCAAGCUCCCGGGGCCGCGCGCUGCUGUGCGGCCGCAACGUGCUCGAGCUGGGCGCAGGCAACGGCGAACUGGCGAAGAUCGUGGCUGCUAUGCGCCCACGCAAGCUGUUGGCGACAGACCUGCCGCAUCGCAUCGAGCAACUUGGGGAUGUGCUCCACGGGACUUGCGCAGAGGCAGCGGCGCUGCCCUGGGGUGACCAGAAGGCCGUGGAGAUGCUCUGCAGGAGACAUUUCGGUGCUCCGCACGCCGAUGUGGUUCUGAUUAGUGAUUGCCUCUACACCAAUUGGGUGGAGGACAGCGCCACUGCCCUCGCAGUCACAGUGGCGGCCGCCUUGGGCGAGAGGAGUGGUCAAGCUCAUGAUGGCACGGCUCUGUUGGCGUAUGUGCCACGGUCCUCUGCACUGGAGGAGCAGUUCUUCAAGUGCACGGCCCAGCUGGGUUUGAGGAAGUUGCCGCUGCCCAAGCCUGAUGUCUAUCUCCUGAAGAGCAUGGAAGCCGCUCGCGAGUUCGAGGAGGAGGAGCUGCACGCGGUGCUGCUCCUUGAGCUCUCCCGGAGCUGCAGCCGUAAGCCCGUGCCAGGCCUCCGAGCGGAAAGGGAGAAAAUGGCUCUCGCGGCUUUUGUGGGUCACGGGGAAGUUGCGCGGCAACUCUCUGAAACUCCCAGCUCCUUCCCGCUCAACACCACGCCUUCCAAAUUUCCACUGUCAGUUAACUGUGAAGCCCCUGACGAGAAUAUGUAAUUGGACGGCUGUUCCAGUUUCACAGUGGGUCAUUCCCAUCCC